AUGUUUCGAGCUGCCGCAGCUGGUCCCUUUGACGAGGGUGUCGCCAAGGCGACCGAUGAGAACCUGACCUCGGAGGACUGGGGAGCCAUCAUCGAGGUUUGCGAUCGCGUAGGCAGCGACCAGAAUGGACCCAAGGAAGUUGUCCAGGCCAUGAUCAAGCGCUUGGCGCACCGCAACGCCAAUGUGCAGCUUUACACCCUCGAGCUCGCAAACGCCCUCAGCCAGAACUGCGGCAAGAACAUGCACCGCGAGCUGUCCAGCCGAGCCUUCACCGACGCCAUGUUGAAACUGGCAAACGACCGCAAUACCCAUACCCAGGUCAAGGCCAAGAUCCUCGAGCGCAUGAAGGAGUGGUCCGACAUGUUCAGCAAGGACCCCGAUCUCGGCAUCAUGUACGACGCAUAUUUCCGACUCAAGCAGAGCAACCCAACCCUUCAGGCCCCCUCGGCGCCGCAGAAGACGGGCCUGACGGAGGUGGAUCGCCAGAAGGAGGAUGAGGAGCUGCAGAUGGCGUUGAAGCUGUCGCUGCAAGAAGAGGAGAGGAAGAAGGCCCCUGCCGCGUCCAACGCCGCCGCUUCGUCCUCUUCCGCAGCCCCUGGAUCGUCAGCACAGGGUGCCCAGCCGCAGGCUUACUCCACACCCGUGCCCGCAGGCACGACGGCCGCUACGGUUUCGAGAGUGCGAGCACUAUACGAUUUCGUCCCCUCAGAGCCAGGCGAGCUGGAGUUCAAAAAGGGCGAUGUCAUCGCGGUGUUGGAGUCUGUCUACAAGGACUGGUGGCGGGGUUCGCUCAAGGGCAAGACGGGUAUUUUCCCCCUCAACUACGUCGAGAAGCUCACGGACCCGACUCCCGACGAGCUGGCACGUGAGGCCCAGAUGGAAGCCGAGGUGUUUGCGGAGAUCAAGAACGUGGAGAAGCUGCUUACGCUGUUGAGCACGUCAAACACGGCGCCGAGGGAGGAGGACAACGAGGAGAUCUCGAAGCUUUACCACCAGACGCUGGCCAUCAGGCCAAAGCUGAUCAAGCUCAUCGAGAAGUACUCGCAGAAGAAGGACGACUUCACACAGUUGAACGAGAAGUUCAUCAAGGCUCGCCGUGACUACGAGUCGUUGCUGGAGUCUUCCAUGUCACACCCGCCUCAACCAAGUUACCACCAGUAUGCGAUGAGACCGGGCCCUGGUGGGUACCCUGGCGGACCAGGAGCAGGAUAUCCUCCGCAAGGUCCUCCUCAAGGGCAUCCCCAGCAGCAGCAGCAGCAGCCGCCGCCGCAGGAGCAGAGAUAUUACACUCCUGCGCCCCAAGACCAACCCCAAUACCCCCAGUCCACGCCCUCGCCGAACUUCCAGCGUCCGGCCCAGGCCACGCCAGCCCCUUUUUACGUAGCCGGUGCAGAAGUCCCUUCAGCGGGCGGUCCGCCUCACAACCAGCAACAACAGUAUCCCCCGCGUGACCAACGUCAUCCGUCCAGCGGAAAAGCCCAGGUGCCGCCCAUCAACACAUCGCCCACGCCGUCAGCCAACACGUACUCUGCCUAUACCGUGCCCCCUAACCAGAGACCUCAAAGCAACUAUGGCGCCCAGGAGCUGGCGACUUCGGUCUACGACUCGCCCAUUGCCACCCAUAACCCGAGCUCUGCUGCAACGUAUACGUCAUCCGUCUACUCUCAAGAUGACCCGUAUAACAAAAACAGCCCUGCUGUGGGCAACUCGACCGUACCCGCGCCGUCUUCUUUCCAACCGUCGGCACCACCGCCUGGACAGCCGUCUCAACCCCCUCAACAACCACAGCAGUCGCACUACCAAAGCUACCAGCCACCGGGAGCCCAAGGCCAGGAUAACUACAACAACGCUCCGACUCAGGCGCCGCCGCCCGUGCCAACGGGGCCUGCUCCGCCCGUUCCUGGCUCCGGGCGGUCUGAAGUCUUGACACCGCCGCCUCUGCAGCCUGGUGGCGCGGCGUAUGAUGCCAGACAAAGCCUGCCCAGCCAGAGCCCUUCGCAACAGCAGUAUCGGGCGUACGUCCCGCCGGGCGCUGCUGCUGAGGGGCCGAGUGCGCCACCCCCAGCGGAUUACUAUCGACAAAGCGGGGUGUACUAG